CACCACAGUCGCUACCUCGACGAACCUUACCUCCAUCUCACCUCCAUCUCACCUCCACCUCACCUCGAGCCACACUAAUUCACACCUACCAAAAACCACUCACCUUCCCAUCAAAAUGACGCCCCUCAUCAUCUUCACCGCCCUCCUCGCCGUCCUCGCGGCCGCCCUUCCCUCGCCGUCCAACCAGGGCGCCCAAACCGCCACCGCAACCAUCACCUUCGCCCGCAACACGCAGUGCACCCCCGACAACACGCCCGAGCUGCACGUCACCGCGGGCGCCGGCUGCGUCGCGUUCCCCGGGGGCGCGCAGAGCCUGCGCGUCGUGGGCGUGAGCGAGGGCAACUCGCUCCGCUACAAUUCUUGUCAGUCGUCUAUGUUUGGGAGAGCUGGAGCCACGGGUGGCACGGAGAUGGCGGCUAAUGGGUGGUGA